UGUAGGGGAACCCCUGCAGUACAGGGGGCCAGGCAGAACAGUGGGGUGCAACCCCACCGAGGGGCUCCACUCUCACACCCCCCCACCCUCCCCCGCCACACUCAGGCCCCAGCGGGACCCUCGGGGAGGCCACAAUGUCCCAGGCCACCACCUGCCCCAAGCAGGGGGGGGAUGGGGAGAGCCCCCCACUGCCGGCAUCCCCGCUCGUCUUCCCGCGGGAGACGCUGUUUCGGCAGGCGAGCGGGGUCACCUACCGCAUCCCGGCUUUGCUCUACGUCCCCCCCGCCGCCACCUUCCUGGCCUUUGCUGAAAAACGCUCCUCGCCCAGGGAUGAGGACGCCAAGUACCUGGUGCUGCGCCGGGGCCGCCGGCAUGGCACCUCGGUUGAGUGGGGUCCCGUGGAGGAGCUGUCGGCGUUGGUGCUGCCCGGCCGCCGCACCAUGAACCCCUGUCCCCUCUACGAGGCGAGGAGCGGCACCGUCUUCCUCUUCUGCAUCUGCGUCGAGCGGGGCAAGACGGAGCGCCGCCAGAUCUGGAGGGGGUGCAGCGCCGUGCGCCUCUGCUGCGCCACCAGCCCCGACGGCGGCCGCAGCUGGAGCCCGCUGCGGGACGUGACGGACGAAGCCGUCGGCGCCGACCUGUCCCGUUGGGCCACCUUCGCCGUGGGGCCGGGACACGGGGUGCAGCUGGAUUCGGGGCGUUUGGUCGUGCCGGCGUACGCCUACUACGUGCACGGGUGUUUGUGCGGGGUCGUGCCGCUGCCUUGCAACACCCGGCAGCACGCCCUCGUCUUCUACAGCGACGACGGCGGGCGCAGCUGGCACAAGGGCGCCUUGGUCACCGGCGGGCAGACGGGCGAGUGCCAGGUAGCCGAAAUCGGGGGGAGCGAUGCCCACCGGCCCUUGCUCUACUGCAACGCCCGAGCGCCGCGGGGUUGCCGGGCCGUGGCGUUCAGCGCCGACCGCGGGCUGCGGUUCGAGCGGUCGGCGCCGUGCGAGGCGCUGGGCGAGCCGCCGCGGGGCUGCCAGGGCAGCGUGGUGAGCUUCGCCGCCGCCACCGGGGAUGCCCCCACUUGGUUACUCUACUCCCACCCCACCAACCGGCACCGCCGGCGCGAUUUGGGGAUUUACCUCAACCCCUCGCCGCGGGAUGGGGCGGGUUGGCGGCGCCCGUGGGUGCUGCACCCGGGGCCGGCCGGUUAUUCCGACCUGGCCGUCUGCCCCGGCGGCGUUUUCGGCUGCUUGUUCGAGUGCGGCGUCACCAGCGCCUGCGAGGAAAUCGCCUUCUGCCUCUUCACCCUGGACACCUCCACCUGCGGCGAGCAGAACCCCAAAUCUUCCUAAAACAGACUCAUUUUACUGGGUGGGGGAUCACUCCCGGAACGCUGGGAGCUCACCAGGACAUUCUGGAUGCGCCGGAGGCUCGGCAUCGCAUAGCUUUUAUUUAAUUAACGCUUGGCUUUUUAAUCACCCGUCGGAUAGAUGUUGUUGGUAACCUGGGGGAGGAUGACGACAUGGCACCCAAAAUGCUGCUGCUUCACCAAAAAUCGGUAUUUUUCCCCUGGCAGCAGCAAAAAUGCAGAGGUGCCAUUGAGAGCAGCCGGUCCCCUGGAGCGAAAAUACCCCAAAAUGUUUUUUAGUUAAAAAUAUCUGUGAUUCCUC